CGUUGAGUUAGCAGCGAAAGCGAUAAGACAAAAACAACUUCUACCAGUUCUUCCUAAAUCUUCGCUGUACAUGAUGCUCUCUUAGUGACUUAUUUUCAUGUAUUAGCUUCACGAUUGUCAUUGUUCCAUCCAUCAUUUGAAUGUGAGUGGAGAAAUAUGUCUUUGUCGUCCUCGUCUUCUUCCUCUUCCACAAGAGGCAUUUCAGAAGAUCAUGCUAGCCGGAUAGACGGACAAAUGGAUAGACCGACAAGCAGAAGGAUGAUUCUUCCGUCUACCACAACAUCGAGAUGUCAGAAGAACAAGAUUUUUCACUCUAGUAUACGGGAGACGAGAUCUUCUACUUCUUCGAAAAUGAGAAGAAAGGAGCCUAGAUCAUCAAGGAAGUCUGCUAGGAGCGGUCUCGUCUCUUCCAUCGUCCUGACAACAAUGUGGUCGUCUCUUCAAUCCACACAAGUUUCCGGAGAAAUGCACAGGCUGUUGAUGAUUCCUGAUAUUCACGGCGAUUUCGAUGUGAUGCAGGAAGCAGUGAAGUUAAGGCGAACGGGAGACAAGAACAUUAUCUAAUAUAAGAAGGGUGAUGAAUUGUUUAGAUUGUAGGCGCUGUCAUUAGUUAGUCACUAAUUUACUUAUAAAAUAUUAUAGUUUUCGUUGUAGACUUGUGUCGUGCGUUCAGAUAGCCUUAACCACGAUCAAGUGCUAAUAAACUACCCCACACUUACGACGUCGCCCCUCCCGAAUAAUCUUCGAUGUCUGACGAGUUUAACGCAAGGAGAACCUUUCAUCCAUAAGCAUAAUCUUUCUACAAAACAAUCCCUCUGCUUCUUCUAAUCCUCUUCGUCGAGCCGAUUCAUCCAGGGAAAGACAAGUUGAUUUUUACUGGUGAUCUAGUUGAUCGCGGUCCGCAGCCUCAAGAAUGCUAUCGUUUGAGCCAAAAACUGAAGGAACAAUACAACGUGACACGUCUCACCGGAAACCACGAAUGGAUCACGAUCAUGGGCGUUGAUGCGUAAGGAGAACUCUAUUUCUAGUUUUGUUAUACAGUGCUGUUUUGUUUUUUUCUGAUAGCUCGAAUGAGGCUGCAAGUAGUAAGGACUCAGACUUACACCAUCUGUACCGUUAGACCGUUACCGUGAAACUUAUACUUGUAUGUAAAAGUUAUAGUACUGACAGUUUCUUUUAUUUCAUUUCUUACAACAUCACGAUCACAUGUUGAAAGCCCACUCCUGCUUAUGAGCAAAAACCUUCUACUACAGCAACGCACCGUUCGCACAGUAUGUUCCACGCGAAGACUUGAUGAGCUUCGGAUCUUGGUCACAGAGAAUGCAUUCUUUUGGCCCUACAGGAGAGCUCGGAAAGAUGAUUCGCGAAGAAUUCGACGUCAUUUCGGUAAGGUCGUUUACUCAUAUGCUACACUAGUUGUAUCACCAAGAUAUGCUCGUAUCACUGAAGCUGAACAUCACCAUCUUAAAAGUGGAUCCUCUCCAACAACAAUCAACCUAUCCUCCACAUAUUAUUAACAUGUAUCAAAAUCUGACAACUUAUUUUACAGCUCGAACAAAUCCCUGGCGUGCCAUUGUCGAAGACGCUUUUUGUCCAUGCGGGAAUAACACAUCAAACCCUGCGACAGUACGGAAGUGUUCAGGCUGUUAAGGAGGCAGGAAAAGCCAUGCUGAUGGCCAACAAUCUAGAUACGCCCCUGUUGAACGAGAUUCUGCAGACACGCCAUUUGGCUCAGGGUAUUUGAUUGCAUUGCUUUCAUGUGAAAAAAAAACGUAAGCUCCUGAAUUUUCACUGCGUCUGCGUCGGCGUUGCUGAUGUUAUGGUCGCUAGCCCCAUACCUUUACGGCGGGGCCGCUGGCAGUGUGGUCGGCGUGCGGCAGCGCUGGCACGCCGUGCCGCCUCAGCAGCGGCGAGGACCGCAGGCCUCAGCUCCCCUCAGCGCACGGAAAUCGCUACCGGCGGCGAGGCCGGCCAGGGUGAAGAAGACGCGCGCGACGGCCCGACGGCCCACGGCGAUGGCGAAUGCUUUUGCUCCCCGCCAUGUCAGGAAGAAAACAGCGGCAACGCCGCGACGGAUGCGCGCCGGCGUGUCGUGGAGCUGGCCGAAAAAGGGAACCCCGAGAGCAGCGCGGGGGGGCCGUCCUUGCUUGUUGCGCGUCGAUGCAUGUCUAUGGCCACGGGAAGGAGGUGGACGAAGCAGCGCGCCGACGCGUUUCGGAACUCGAGAAGCAGGAGCGCGCUGCCAGAACAGCGAAAAGCGGCGACAAGGGCAACGCUGGGCCUGCCCGGCCCCGACAGCGGGCGCGCCCUUGCCUUGUCUAAGAGUCGCAGGGCUGCCGGGGUCUGGUCUACUGUAACUGUCCCAGGUCGCGAAUGGCUCGGCGAACUGUCCGAGCUGCUCGGAAACGGCGGCAGGCGUCCGCGCUGGCUGGCAAGUUUUGCCACCUACGGAGGGAAGCGCCAGACGAGUCUGGGGCUGGUGCAGAGCCAUGAGCAUGAGUCGGAGUCUCGGCAUGUCCUCAAAUGUCUCAGAGCAAAGUGGAAAAAAAGUCGCUUGCGGAGGCGUACACGCUACUCCGCGCGUUGGACGAGGACAAGGGGCAGGGGGGAGGAGCAACCGAGUACAAGCCACUACGCGAAAUGCUCCAGCGCACCGGGGGCGGCCGCCCCUGCGUCGGCUUGCUGCUCAGCCCAAAACUGGGGGCGAUAGUGAUGGACCCAGGGGACGCCGUGGACAUUUCUUCGGCGACGUUUCUGAGCGCGAUCGUGGUGCUUGAAGAGUCUGCGUGCGGAGCCGAAGCCUUGCGACUCCCCUGCUACAAGCGGGGCAGCAUUUGCGAGACCCCUCGACACAGUUCUGGAUGCGAGUCCACUCAAAACCUGGCGCGAAGCUUUCAUCUCUCCUUCGACGGGAGCAGCGCCAGCUCUGCUAGGGCCGUUAACUCUAGCCGACAUAGGCUACUGCCUUGGGCAAGUUAAAGGAAGCGCCAGCGCUAGGCUGGUCCUUCGGUCAAGGAGGAAAGACCUCGAAGAACCGUGAUAGCCUGCGUGGCUUAUUUCUGGGCUCGCUUCAAGUUCGAAACCAGGACGGCGGGGCGGGGUGUGUCGCGUUGGUGGAUAUUUAUGAAUACGCCGCGAGGGGCUCUCUCGGUGUUGAUGGCUAAACAGAUUCCAGGGAGCCGCUUAGGUUAGCUGGUGGCUGGCGGGCGUGUCUGUGCCUUCAUAGCUGCAGCGUCGGGUGAGCUACAGAGAAGCCGGCGCGCGGCGGCAGCCGCAGCUGUGGGCUUCGGCAUCAUUCUGGUGGGUGUGUUCUUUUCUGCCGUGUGCGUGUGCGGUGUUUUGUUUGUUUUAUUUUACAGCGGGUUCUUGGUUUCGGUUCUGAGAUACAACAGCCAGCCACUGGCAUUGGGCUGUGGCUUGCAGCGGCUUGCCCCGGAGGCUAACAGGUCUGCCAGAUGCUCUCGGCUUUUGGGUGUCGCGGCUCGGGGCUUGUCGUUGUCUGUGUGGGGGCUUAGCUUAGAGGUGGCUGCGUGAUCGCUCCUCCACGGUGGUUUGCUCGCUUGCCUCUUUUACUUGGUAUCUAUCUAACUAUCAAUCGCAAUCUCGCCCCGCGAGGCUUGCUUUGUGCUGGGAGGGUGCGGAGCUAGGUGUUUUCGGUAGGGGUUUCAGUAUCUCUUCAGGUGUCUGUUGGUUCGUCGUCUUCAUAUUUGUCAACUUCUUGUGCCCGUGGUGCUGGUUCUGUUGGACAGUACCCGGAACGGGUAUCUGCUUGUGGUUGGUUCUGCUGGACGUGGUCCACUACGGACCACUUUGUGACCCCUCGCUCGUCUUUACUUUGGAGUCGUUCUUCCUGCUUUGGUUUGGGUUUCAUCCGUUACCGCUCCGCACCCGGGGCCGAUGCGUUUACCAAAAACUCAACACUCACUGUUUUAGAAACUGAUAGGCCCCCGCUUCUUCUUCUUCUUCUUCUUCUUCUUCUUCUAUCUUCAUCUAAUCAGUCCAAUGCAAAUCUCUAAUAUCUUCCACCACUAAAAGAAAAAGUAACACUCCCUUCUCCAUCUAUCAGGUCAACCUCGCGCUGUGUGUCGUGAGGUACAACAGAUUCUUAGAACUGGAGGUGCUGAGCGUCUUGUUGUGGGUCACACCCCCACUCCGCUAAUCGGCGGUGAGCCAGGCAAGCCUCUAAUUAAGUGUGGUGGGCGCUUAUUGCUCAUGGACGUGGCCAUGUCCAAGUGGAUGGGAGGUGGCACGCCUGCAGCUUUGAUAUUCGAAGCGGAGAUUAUGUCACAAAAUUUGUAAUUGUUCUUUGACCUAGUCUUAAACGAUAGAUGAAGGACCGGUCACCUCUGCAUACUCAAACGCAUUUGCAUAUUUUCGUCCUGGAACUAGAUUCUCUUUCCCCUAAUUAAUACCCUUCCUCCUCUAAUCUCCAAACCGGCAAAAAGGGUACCCUGAAGCGUAUCUAUGUGAAGAUUCGCGCAGGAGAAGAGAUAGAAGUGCCGAUCCUCUCAACGAUUGGAUCGAGAUCGACAAGCGAAGAAGUAUGGAACAAUUAUCACUUGGAUCUUUGAGUAGUAGUUUUAGUUUUUGGGGUUGAGAAAUAACAUUUUUAACAUUUUCUCAGGGGAAACAACAAAUACGAGCAGCACUAGUGGUCUCUGUCAGCCUCAGCCUGUCCAUGUUAGACAUGAUCAUGAUGAGAACGCUCUUCCUCUUUCCCCACCUGAAUAAGUAGUUGUAUUUUUUCCCUUCUCGUCUUCAUUUCCGGAAAAAGAAGAAUUGUAA